AAGUCAGUUGUCGCUAGGAAGCUUGUUUCAUCAUCCUCUUAUAUAGGAAUUUCGAAGGUUGUACAUCAUUCAGUACAGAAUUCGAUGACUAUAUUUCAUAUUUUGCAUAAUGCUUUAGUUCGUAAUCCUGAUGUUGGUGCAUCACGUCGUGUAUAUGUUAAAGGAAUACGAAUUCAUGUGGAUGUGUCUCGUAAUGUCUCUAUUGCUGCGAUGUUAAAUAAUCAGGUUUUUGUCACUAAUGGAAUGACAUUGCGCAUGAGGAUUGCAUUGUGGUCACAGCCUAAGUUUAAGCAAGUAGGAAAGGAUCCAGUAGCUCGUAUUC